UUAGGAACGAAAACAUUCAAAAUGUGUUAGUUCUCUUGUGGCUAAAUCGACCUAAUACGGCUUAAAUCGAAGUCUGAACGAGAUAGGAAAUUAUCUUUACUGGAACAACAUGGGAUCUCUAUUUAGCAAGAAGAAAGAGCCUGGGCCUGAAAAACCAAAGAUUACAGAACAAGACAAAGCAGUUUUGGUGAGUCGCCAAGGCUUAACGUUAAGCUUUUUAAGCCAUCAAGCCCUUCUGUUUCAUGGAGAAGUAAUGUUAAAGAGUCCAUUUUUGGACAGUGUAAAUCAAAUUGAGAUCUGUCUCAGUUAAUUACUUUUUAUAUGUACUGUAGCUUAUGCAUAGUUUUAGAUAUUAUUGUCAAGCUAUUAUAUCAUUAUUGAGAGGGGAACAUAUCAUCAUUAUAAAUCAAAUUAUCAUAUUAUCAUUAUCAGUGUAGAUCAAAUUGGUAAGGGUCAUCAACCUCAGCUUUUAUUGAUAACCCUCACCUUGAUCUUAAUUAUUCUGGAUAUCACAAAAACCUAAUCCAAUAAUUGUUUGUUAUUUGCUAUUAUUAUUAUUAUAAUUAUUAAUGUUAUUCUUGUCAUUUCAUUUAGGCAUUGAAGCAGCAGAGGGACAAGUUAAAACAAUACCAGAAAAAGGUAGAAAGGAAUAAUUUAUUCAGGUUCAAAAUGUCUUUGAUAGAGCACUAGUCUCAAAUCAGUUCUUAGAUCACAUAUUCUGGGGUUCUAAUAAUUUUAGAGUAAAACUUGAGUUUCUAUCAGCCACCUAUAUUGCAUAUUUUGCUGCGUACUUCAAAAUUUAUUGAAACCGCAGGAAUUUUCAUCAACAGUGUGUGUCAAACAUUACUCUAAAUUGAUUUUGUGUUGUUUCACUUUGAGUUUCUGAUCUGUCUUCAGAUCUAUAGCUAGCUUCAUCCUUUAACCCUUUAACUCCCAAAAUUUAGUCAUUAAUUCUCCUCUCUAGCUGCCACACAUUUCCUUGUAUUUUAUUUUCAAGAAUUUGGUAUUAGAUCAAGAUAACAAAGCUAGCUUCUACCUGAUAAGUUUGAGUAUUCUCAUAACCUGUUAGCAGGAUAAUGAUUGGAUAAAUAUAGGGGGAAGUCACCUGUCAAUCACUAAUGGGAGUUAAAGGGUUUAACCAAUCAAAUAAAACACCCUUCAGACCUUUUUACACUUAUAACCACAACCUGGUCAAUGACGCUUGAGGCUGGUAGCAUAUUGUAUUAGUUUUCUUGGGCUCUUUGUUACAUUUUAUUUCAUUUUUAUUACCUACUGUCAGUGAUAACUUUGGCUCAGGUUUACCAUGCUUAAUAAUUGAGCCAGGCUCUUCAAACUGCAUGCUUCAAAAAUUGAUCUGAAGAGUUCUUUAUACAGAGUAUUCAAAUACAACCCAAAUGUAGUUGUCUUAUCAACGUCUGAGAGUUUUUUCAUCAUUUCGGCUCUAUUGCUAACAAAUUUUACUGUAAAAUAGAUACAACUCAAUCUUGAAAAAGAAAGACAAUUGGCAAAAAAGUUGUUGCAGGAAGGAAAGAAAAAGUAAGUUUUGACAAUGUUUUAAAGUGAAGGACCUAGAGGUUUUGAGACCAACCAGAUAAUUUAGUUCUGUCAACUGAGUUGAUAAAUUAUGUUAGUUGGCUAUCAUAAAGAGUUUAUAAAGCUUAUAGCCCUUUUCAAAGCAAAAGCCCUUUUGUUAGUCCUUUUGCUCUGGUGAAGGGCUAACAUGCAAAAUGUCAGCUUCAGAAACUCUUUGUGGUGGCCAAUCAUCUUAUUAAUAAAAUUAUCUACAGUAUGAACAGUUUGCAUAAGUUUAUGAUAUUUAAAUAUUCAGUUCUUUGAACAAUAAGGUUUUUUUAUUUGCUAUGCAACAUUAAAAAGUCUCAAGGAGGCACAAUGAGUUAAGUUAAAUAUGACAAUUUGUAUAGUGAGGGAACCUAAAUGAAGCCAUGAGGCUUAUAUAAGGUUAGAUUUCCUACCAAAAGAAUAUAAGCUCUUACCAACAUGUAACAUCAAACAAGAUGUGUAGGUGGUAAACCAGAUCCAGGUCAAGGAGGAAAAUAAGAAAAAAUCAGAGUUGAUAAUUAAGGAAAGUUAAAUUUUUUCUUUUUUAUUGUGCAGUAAAGCAAAGCUUCUGCUUAAGAAAAAGAGAUACCAGGAACAGACAUUGGAGAGGACAGACAACCAGCUGGAGAACUUAGAAAAAAUGGUUUGUUAACAGACGUAUAAAUUAUAUUCAUGCACUUCAUCAAACUCAUAGGAGCUUACUUACCAGUAUAAUAUGAUUUGAUCUGUUGUGAUCUCAAUUUAUGACUUGAGACAGGGAUGGACUUAAACUUAUGUCUAAAGCUUUUAAUGUAGUUAGAUAAAAACCCUGCAUCUAAAGGGGGGGAGGCAAUUUUUGCUGGUUAAGUGUGGCUGGCCUCAAAGGAUCCCCCUACCCCAAUAUAGUAUAUUCUUUUGCCAAUUAUAGACCCUAUCUUAGUCACUUUUAGUACCUUGGUAACAACUUCUUAACUGCAAAUCUUUCCAUCUUUAAUAUCUUACGAACCAGAAUUUUAUUUUCCCCAAAAUCCUGAAAGUUUGCAACCCCAUUCUUAGACUAGUAACUCCAAUGAAUCCAGUCAAGGAAAUGUGAUCCCAUCCAGUGGCGCAUCCCCACUAGGCUAUUACUAGGAUGUAUCCCCCCUGGUUUGUUGCACAUUCAUCAAAUUCCAAAGGUGUGCAGCACUGUCUUACCUCCUUUGACCCCUAAUCAAAGGGGUUACAAAAAUACUUUUCUCCCUCUGGGUACUUGACCCAUCAUAAAAUAAAAGAUUCAAGUAAGAGACAAAGAGUGAUCAUUGUAUAACAGGUACAAGAUGUUGAGUUUGCUCAAAUUCAACUUCAAGUAGCUGAUGGACUGAAGCAAGGAAAUGAAGCUCUGAAGAAAAUGCAUGAGGUAACUAUGUAAAAUUAAAAAGUACUCUUUUCUUUGGCCUUUACAUUGAUUCAAUGACUCCAAAUGAGGUGACUCGGAACAUGAGCUGAUCACUGGAGUUGAGUGAACCAAUCAGAACAUUAGUAAUGCAAUAUCUGCAGUUUUAAAUUCAAUAACUAAUAUUAACUAAUAUUAACAAAUCAAAAUUUGCAAGUAGAAUGUCAUGUCAAUUUUUUUUCUGCUCAAAGGAAGUGAAUUGUACUUUUUGUCUCAGAUAAUGUCCAUUGAAGAUGUAGAAAGAAUAAUGGAUGAAACCAGGGAAGGAAUUGAGUAUCAGAGGGUGAGUGAUAUCAAUUGAAAAGCUUUGAUUUCUGCAGUUUUUAACCAAAUGUUUAAAAAAAAACUUUGAUUUUCUUUCCACAGGAGAUUGACGAACUUUUAAGUGGAAGUUUGACUCAGGAAGAUGAAGAUGCUGUGUUACAAGAAUUAGAGGAGAUGACAAACGUUUGUACUUUGUUUUGUGCUUCUGCUGACCUUAUUUUCACACCAGGGUCCUUGAUCAUGAGCAACAGAGUGGGAAUGGGGAUGCAUUGAUGAUACAAGGGGUACAAAGCCAACCUCCUUCCCAGGAUCUCUCUUCUUCCCUUCCUUUAUAGCAAAUUAAAAGGGGAGAAGAGAGAUCCUGGGAACCAGGUUUGUUCAAAGCAAGGGCACUUUUGAUUUAACCCUUUUCACCCAAACACCAGUAUGCAUAUUCUCCACACUGUUCUUUAUACGUUUCUAAGGUGCUUACAAGGAGAAUUUGUUUGCCAAUCAAAAGGUUCCUUCCCUGGUGACUAUUUCCUUUAUUUUCAUGAUCUUAAUGUACAAUUCAGGAGUGAUAUUGUAGGGAGAAAUUAGAUGCUUGUCAGUCUUUGGGUUUUAAGGGUUAAUAAGGUGGGAAGGUGUGAAAGAUUUGUUUUAAAUACCCUUUUCCUUUGAUUGGUGAUUAGUCUGUGACAGAGAAGCUUCCAGAAGUACCAACAGAAGAACCAUUACCAGAAGUUCCCUCAGAAGAACCUGGUAUGUAUGAGCUGUCUUGUACAUCUACGCACUGUCAGGUUCUUUAAUCCUUUUUUUUGUUGUCCCAAAAAAUAUCCAUACCUAUUCAGUGGUAGAUUUUCUUGAUUUGAACUGCAGCUUUGUAUCAAAUUGUGUUUCAAGUUAGACCUCCCGUCACUUUGGAAUUUUCAGUUACCCUUCUUAGGGCAGGUUUGGAUAUUUUCUGGAAUCACACAUUGUUGUGAAAUUUGUUGCAGAAAAGGUUGUUGGCCAUCUCUCAGUGUAUGUUUAUUAUUCUUUUUUCCAACAGUUGAGAAAAGACCACAGAAGGAAAAGAAAGAUGAAAGAAAAGCAGAGGUGGUCCCAGCAUUAUAGACAUAGCUGGAGUGUUUCUAUCAUGAUGAUCAAAUUAAUUCACGUUACCAUGGCCGGUCCUCUUAGCAUAUUGUAAAAUUCUCUCUUAGUUAUAGCACAAGAUGGCUGAUAUAAACUAACCAAUUUUAAUAAACAUGAGAAAGCUCAUUUACACAUGGCCUUGAUGGAUCUCUCUACACUAAUCCCAUCGUCCCUAAUGAUACGCAUUCAUUCAUUAGUAUUCAAAGAACUGAACAAUAACUGAACAUUCCAUUCAGCUUACUAUCUGUACAAGAUAUUUAACCUGAGCUGAUAACAUUUUGCAUGCUCUGUAUAAAGUAGUAUUCAAAAGCACUAAUCUUUUGGCAUGUUCAGAAAAAAUUUUUAGAUAACAGAAAGAAAUCAUAUGAACCCUCAGGAAUAUGGUUAAAUGUUUUGUUUCCUGUUUUUUUUUUU